UCCAAUUCAAUCCUUCACGGCAUCCCCGAAGUACGAAACGACACCAAAAGUAACACCAGAAUGUAACGAAACGCAGGCGUCUCUCAGGGUCACGUCACGCCAUCAACAUCAUCAAACAAAAAGGCACGAACUCAAUAACAUGCCCAAAACAACCAUUCUUCAUCUUCUUCCUUCAACCUCCCCCCCAAAAUUCUCUCUCUGAAUUCGUGUUUGUAUCUAUGUUUUGCUAGGCCAUGGAGUUGGAGGCCGCAGAUGCGAAGCCGAUCGGUGUUGGAAUCGAGAGAGCGAAGUCAGAGAGAGAUCGGGUUAGGGUGAAGAAGCAGACCUUGGAGGUUGUGCUUGAGCAGUGCCAGAGAGCUCUUGAAUUGCUUAGUAACACCGGAUUUGUCGAUGACGAUGCCGCCACUGCGGAAGAGGCUGGUGAGAGCUCGUCGGUGCCGUGCCGUGACAACGAAACCGAUGAGUUGUGCGAUCUCCUGAAAUCUAGAAUUGAAUGCCCUGAUUUUCUUGAAAAGAUAGAGAGUGCCCAGGCAUCUGCCCCACAAAAUACGGCUGAAGAAGGCAGUUCCUGGGACAUGGUAGGUGAAAAUGAUCUUUGGGAAGGAGGAAAUAGUGAGUUAGACAAGGAUGACUAUGUUCUAGUUAGGCAAGAGGAUAUAGUGGAUGGUAUUGCAUGCUUCAUGGCUGCAUAUCUAUUGUCCCUUGAACAGGCUAAGGAUUUGACCCCAAAUCAACUUCAGGAUGCUCUGUGCAAAACAUUCUCUGUGAAAAAAAAGAAGGGAAAGCUUAGAAAGGCAUGGGAUGGAAGCAAAGUCAUUUAUAAUGUAGCAUCCUGGGGGGCUACAGCCAUCGGGAUAUACCAAAACCCUGCCCUUCUUAGGGCUGCUGAGGCAGCAUUUUGGACCUCUUGUCGCAUUGUAUCAAAGCUUCUGUAAUCUGCCCAAGCGGCGUGGGAAGGUUCUGAUGAAUGUAUUUGUUGUUGUAUGCUUGCACUGCUAAAGCAGCUUGGUAUUCCACACAACCCUGUAAUAGAAGUGCCAUUCUUUGUGUGACAACAACUGAUUGCUGAUGGUAUUAAUCUUGUAAAUAUUUCUUCAAUUCAAGCCUUGUGUGCAGUUCAGUUGAUUGGGAUUGACUAUGUAUAAUUCUUUUGCUUUAUCUCUAUAGUUGAGAAUUUAACUUGACU